AUGGCGUUCCGAAUGAAUGUAUUUUUCCUCGCUACGUGCCUAUUGGCCGUUUUCCAAGGUAUAGAUGGCCGUCGUCACAAUUCCGACCGUUGGAUCCCAACAUGGGGUACUAUGCCGCAACUUACAGAGCCAGGAAAUCUACCUUCAGCACCAUUUAAUGAAACCGGCCAGGUAUUCUUCAACUCCACAAUCCGCCAGACAAUCCAUACCUCCAUAGGCGGCUCCAAAAUCCGACUCCGCUUCUCCAACGCCUUUGGAAUUACCGAUCUCCCAAUAACCUCUGUAACCGUCGCACUUCCGGUCAAUGGCUCAGCCGGCAUCAAAGAAAUCCAAGCCCAUACAUUAAAAACUGUAACAUUUAGCGGGAGUGCCAAUUACACUGUCCCACAAGGGGGGCUUGUGGUAUCGGAUCCAAUUGAUUUCCCAGUUAAGCCGGAGAGUAUAUUGACGGUUACUCUGUAUUUGAGCGGGGGUCAGCAGACCAAUAUGAUUACCAGCCACCCAGGUAGUAGAACUACGAGUUGGUGGACUUUUGGGAAUCAGGUUAAGGAGGCGGCGUUGAGUGGGGAGUCUCUUGCUAAUGCUGCCCAUUGGUAUUUCCUGAGCAACGUCGAAGUUACUGCUUCUAAAGAGGCAAGCACUUUUGUUAUAGUUGGAGACAGCAUCACCGACGGCCGUGGCAGCGACAACGACCAGAACAAUCGUUGGCCCGACCGCCUCCUCUCCCGGAUGCAAAAACGUGGCUCCACAUCCAACAUUGCAGUUGUAAACCAAGCGGCAGGCGGAAACCGCAUCCUCAACGAUGGACUGGGGCCCAACGCCAUCGCCCGCCUCGAUCGCGAUGUAUUCGCCCAAGCUGGCGUAGAGUACGCCAUGAUAUUCUCAGGAGUAAACGACAUUGGAACCGAGUCCGUCUCACCCGCUGCGCAGAAAAACCUCGGCGACCGCCUCAUUGCAGCAUACUCGCAAAUGGCUACUCGAUUAAAGACCUUCGAUAUCACUAUUUUCGCGGCGACGAUUACGCCAUUUAGUGCUGCGCCAGGGAAUGAGACGAUACAGCCGUAUAGCGAUAAGGAGCGCGAGAAGACUAGGCAGAGAGUUAAUAAGUGGAUUCGGGAGAGCGGGACGUUCGAUGAUGUGAUGGAUUUUGAUGCUUGGCUGAGGGAUCCGGCGCAUGUGGACAGGUUGAAUCCCCUUUAUGAUGGUGGGGAUUAUUUGCAUCCUAAUGGGAAGGGGUAUCAGAGAAUUGCGGACUUGUUCCCGCUAGAUUCUUUUUAG